CAAAUGUUGACUGAAGUGAUCGUCCGUGGAUAGUGUAAUACAAACUGAUAUAUAGACUAACAUAUUUAAAUUUUAAUCUCGCUGGAGGUGACCUGCCAGGAUAUUCUACACGGUAUCUAUCUGACGCCAGCAAAAGUAGGACUUUCGUUAGCCGCCGGAAACCGGACGGAGUGUUACUAUGACAACGAUAAUGAUGUUGAGUGUAGGAUGAUCACAUAGGAAGUAGUCAUUUAACAUUUCGUUGGAUUUUGUGAGUGAAACACUUUUAGAGAACAAUAACAAAAGAGAUGGCUGGACAAUACAAUCCUUUCGCCGUUCUGGCAAAUUCAUCAAACAACAGCAAUGUCACAAAUGAAUUUGAUAUCAGCGCAUUCAUUAUUGAGAGAAAUAACCAGAAUGCGAUGCUCCUACUUCCGGUGAUGAUCGUCGUUGGAGUUCUGAUUUUAUUAGGAUUUACUGGUAAUUCUUUAGUCUGCUACGUGUAUAAUUCACCAACGAUUAAAAAGAGAAAAACAACAAAGAGAGUAUUUAUUCUGACUCUAGCAAUCUUUGAUAUAUUGAAUUGUGUUCUCGUCAUGCCGUUCGAAAUUUAUGACAUGAGAAAUCAACAUUAUUUCCGGUCAAGUGAAGUUUGCAAAGUGUUCCGGUUUUUCGAGACUUCACUUGUAUUAUCAUCUGGAUUUAUUCUUCUCUCCGUAUCUGUUGAUCGGUACGUGAACCUAGUCAAGGCUUCCAAGCGCAUUAUAACACCGAGCAGGGCAAAGAAACUUGCACUGGCUUGCGUCAUAGUAGCCACGUUAUUUUCCUGGCCUGUACUCAUUUUCGCAGGAAUAGAAACAUUCGAUAUUUUAGUGGACGGCAUCAAUACAAACGUGACUGCUACAGAAUGUACGACAUUCAGAAAUGAUUAUGAUGGAUUUAUGAGCGACAAUAUAUAUACUGUGUGUUUGAUAGGUACUUUUGUAAGCGCCUUGAUAACUCUGAUUGUGAUCUAUAUUCUGAUUGGUUUGAAGCUUUAUCGCCGUCGCCGGGGGUCUGUAAAUAAAGGAGGACUAAUGUUUCUGUCUAGUACCAAUGAAGGAAAGAGCUUGACUGAUGGUAAACCAAUAAAAAGGAAUAAUGUACGAAAAUCCAGUUUAGGUUACGCCAUUAGACGCAGCAAACCGAAAGUCCAAGGAUCAACUGUGAUGUUCUACUCAGUAACUGUUGUAUUCAUUCUGGGUUUCCUACCUCAUUUAACAGUGCGGACUUUGAAAAUGCUCAAAAUGGCAUUUACGGAAAGUCAUUCGUUUGACUCGACGGAAAUCAUAUACAACUUGUUGGUGAGGUCCUACAUGAUUAACAGUGCUGCGAAUCCAUUUAUUUAUAGUAUACUCAACGUCAGAUUCAGAAAGGACCUCAUUGCCUCUUUUAAACGGUGCUUCUGCUUGCACAGGCUGCGUUCCAACUGAUUGUCAUUUUUUAUCUUUAAACUAUUAUAAUAAAGUAUUUAUUUAA